ACCUUCAUAAGGCUCUCAUUGAUGCCAAUAUCACUACCUUCUUGGAUGAUGAAGAGAUUGAAACAGGGGAAGAUCUGAAACCAGAACUAGAGACUGCAAUUAAGGCAUCUCGGGCUUCUGUUAUUGUAUUGUCUAAGAAUUACGCUUCUUCAACAUGGUGUCUGGAUGAAUUGGUGUUGAUCCUUGAGCAGCGUAUGACAUCCAACCAUAUUGUCAUCCCCAUCUUUUAUCAUGUGGAACCCACCCAUGUCAGGAAGCAACAAAGUAGCUUUGGAGAUUCAAUGGCUAAGCAUAAACAGACAAUGGACGCAGAGACAAAUGCAAAUAAAAGAAGUCAAUGGGCUCAAAAGAUGGAGCGAUGGAAUAAAGCACUUACACAAGUUGCUGAUUUAAAAGGGAAUGACGUAAAAGGAAGGUUAGAGACAGAGUUCAUUGAAGAAAUUGUGAAGGACAUCCACCAUAGAUUAUAUGUACCCUUAAGGAGCGUUAAACCACAACUUAUUGGGAUGAAAGAUGAUAUUAACUUCAUCACUUCAUGGUUGAAAGACGGAUCCUCACAUAUGGCAGACAUACUCACUAUUUCAGGUAUGGGUGGGAUCGGGAAGACAUCUUUAGCCAAGCAUGUGUAUGGGCUAUAUUCUCAUGAAUUCCACAAAAGCAGCUGCAUUGAAGAUAUUAGUAGGAUAUGUGAUGGAAAGUUUAAGUUGCUUGAUUUACAAGAACAACUGUACAGUGACAUUUCAAAAACAAGUUCAAUUAAAGUUCAUGAUGCUUUGGUAUAUACCUCAAAGAUAGAGAAUGUUGUAGCUCGUCAAAGCGUGUUUCUUGUUCUUGAUGAUAUUAGUACGAUUGAUCAGUUGGAUGCGUUACUUGGAAGCAAAGGUUUUCACCCUGGAAGCAAAAUCAUUAUAACCACAAAGGACAAGCAUUUGACAAAGAGUUGUGCACUAUUCAAAACAAACAUUGAACCCAUGCAUAAAGAGCUCGUGCUUCAAGGCUUACAUGAGAUCAAAGCAUGGCAACUUUUGUGUCUCCAUGCAUUCAAAUGCAAUUAUCCCAAGAAAGGUUACAAAGAGGUGUCAUAUAAGCUUGUGAAGUAUUGUCAAGGACAUCCAUUGGCUCUUGAAGUAUUGGGAAAAUCGCUAUAUGAUCGAGAUGUAACUUAUUGGGAAGGGUGCAUAGAAGGGCUAAAGAAAGAAACAGAUUCUCAUGUAAAUAAUGUCUUGAGAAUGAGCUUUAAUUCCUUGCCAUCCAAAAAUGAUAAGGACUUGUUUAAGUAUAUUGCUUGUUUUUUUGUCGGAAAAGAUAGAGAUCUUACUGAAACAAUAUUAAAGGCAUGUAAUAUAAACAUAAGAUCUGGAAUCCCAAAUCUCCUCGACCGAUUCCUUCUUUCUAUUGGACGGAAAAACGAAUUGAAGAUGCAUCAGUUGGUUCAAGAGAUGGGAAGAUUCGAAGUACAUCAAGAAUCACUUGAUAAGCCAUGGAAGCGAAGUCUAUUAUGGUGUCAUGAAGAAUCAUUCAGAGUGUUGAAACGAAAAAAGGGUAAGGGAAAACUUCUAGGCCUUACCCUUGACAUGCACAUGCUUGAGAAAGAAAAGUUGGAUGUAUCAUAUGAGCUGAAAACAGAUGCAUUAAGUAACAUGGAUAAUUUGAUGCUACUACAACUCAAUUAUGUGCACAUGAACGGGUCUUAUGCAAACUUUCCAGAGGAAUUAAGAGGCUUGUGUAUGCAUGGGUUUCGUUUAAAGUCUAUACCUUUAGACUUGCCGAUGAGGAAUUUGGUUGCUCUUGACAUGUCGUAUAGCAAUAUUGAAGCAUUUGUCGGCUGUUAUAAUAAUUCACAACGGCUUGAGAAGAGGCAAACGUUGGAUGAGUCGUGUUUAAAAGAGAAAAGGUUGUUUGGAUCAUUGAAGAUUCUUAAUUUAAGUUUCUGUAAACAACUCCGUAGUCUUGGUGAUUUUGACCAACUUCCUGCACUUGAGAGGUUAAUCGUUAGACAUUGCAUUGGUUUGCUCGAGGUUUGUGAGUCAAUUGAGAAAUGUGUUGAACUUCUCUUCAUUGAUCUGAGCUAUUGCAAGAAGCUUGAAAAACUUCCAAGAAACAUAGGCAUGUUGAAGAAUGUUAAAACAAUGUUGCUAGAUGGUUGUAGUCCCGGUGGAUCUCGAAUCCAGAAUAGGGGUAUGGAUGCACUGGAAUUGGGCAAGGCUGACAACAUUCACAUAAAUACAAGAACCUCUUCCUCUGCCUUUGUGGGUGCUAUACCAAGUGAUUUGAAGUUGUUUACAAUUUAUUUACCAAGGUCUUUAGUAAGUUUGUCACUCGCAUAUAGUAAUUUGUCCACUAAAUCCUUUCCCACGGACUUGAGUUGCCUAUCCAUGUUAAAGGAAUUAUAUUUAGAUGGCAAUCCUAUAAAUUCCAUGCCCAGUUGUGUGAGAACCCUUCCUAGGCUUGAGAUGCUUAGUAUGCAACAGUGUAAAAAAUUGAAGUCAAUUGAGCAUCCUCCACGUACACUAAGCAAGUUGCUCUUUCCUGUUGAUGAGCGUGUUUUACGCAAAGUCGUUUUUGAUCCAAACAUGUCCCCACUAGAUUUGUUAAGAAGUUCGAUGGUUUAUUCAGGUUUGUCAUAUGAAAUUGAAGGCAUUGUGAAAAUCCAACCAAUGGUAGGUGUGGAGGAGAAGGUAUUACGUAGCUUGGGCUGGAGUAAUUUAGACUUCCUUAACGAAAGGCACUUGGGAGCUAAUUCUUGGGAAUCUGAAACCCAGAUGUUUUAUGAAUUUGGAAUAUUCAGCACAAUGUAUGAGGCGGAGGAGAUGCCGAGUUGGUUUAGGCAUAGAAGUGUGGGGCCAUCAAUAUCUUUUACCAUCCCACCAUCAUCUCCAAACAACCUCCUUACAGGACUCAACUUCUGCUCUCUGCACACAUUAAAACCUCCUGUUGAGUGGUGGAAUUGUUUCCCUUUUACGCCAAUGAUGACAAUUAGUAAUAUAACAAAGAACCGCAUGUGGAUAUACGAACGUUGCUUUGACAGGGGUAUUUUAUCUAGAGACUGUUGCGUGUUGUUAAGUCAUUGGAUGUUUCGGAUGAAUGAGAUGGAAGGUGGUGACCACAUUACUAUUACUGUUACACUGCCGAAUUAUCGAGUUGUAAAGGAGUGUGGGGUGAGUCUUGUGUAUGAGGAUGAUGGAGUGAAGAAGGAUGAAGAAGAAGAUGUGUUGGGUUAUUACAAGUCAUGGAAUCACAUAAUUGGUGGAGAUCUCUCUCCUUUUCAGACAACUACAGGACAAUUCAUCCUAAGAAACCGGCAGUUUUUUACACGUGGCAUUGUAUUGUCUCCCUAUCAUCGAAAAUUCGUUCCAGACGGCCCCGACAUUCAAGCAAAAAAGGAAGAUUGUUGGUUCAGAGCUUUAUCCCCAAGGAAGCCUGGCAUAAUUGGUGGGGCACAUGAGGGUGAGGGGGAAUCUUCAAGGUGUCAUUCUUCACAUGAAAAGGAUUGAGAAAAAGAGGCUACAUGGCAUGAAUAGAAGAUGAAUGCAUUCCGCAAAUGGGUAACAUAAUGCAAUUGCAACUCAAUUGUGUAACUCGGAGUUAUAUCCUACUUUUCCAGAAGUGUAUACUAACUAGCCUGUAUUGCAAAAUUAUACACAUUUCAAAUUGUAUGGUAUUUUCCAACGACUCUUUUAAGCAUAGUUGUUAAAAUUAAACACUUCUCAAAUUGUGUGCUGUUUCCUGAUCAUAAUUUGAACUGAAUUUUUGGUC